AUGGUAACCAGAACUUCAAAAGUAGGGACUGCCUUUGCUGGACAGAAGGAAGCUGAAAUGGCAAAGAAGGUGGAGUCUUUCAUUUGGAGGCCUGGAAAAGACUUGGCAGAAGGUGUGGUGGAGGUGGUGGCUGAGCCUCUUGAAGACAUUGGUGAUUGGGAAUCCGAUUUUGGAGAAUGGGAGUCAGAUGAUGAAGACUGCAACAUGCUCCCCAAUACAGUUUCUCCUGAAAUGAAAACUACAUCUCAGUAUGAGAAAGAAGACUGGGAUAAAGAGCUGGCGGAGUAUGAACACAAUAAUAAUCCUUAUGAAUUAGAAGAUGUUAUCCAUUGUGGAAGUUUCCUAGAUCAAGAUCCAGCCGAAUUUUGUGUGAUUCAUUGCAAGCCUUUGUAUGACCCAAGCUUGGAUCAUGCAGCACCACUGACUCUGAGCCAGUUGGAGACCAUGCCCGUGGAUGGCCAGUUUGAUGAUGCGGCUGACUGAGGCUUUAGCAGCAUUGGGACAGAACUGCUGAUUUCUGAACUGGAGUUCCCCAUGAUGCU